CGAAGGGUCAGAUCAGACGCAGGAAGCGCGGAUAGCUGGCGACAUUUUUUUCGUUUUAUUUUCAAAGCUAAGCGAGAGAGAGAGAGAGAGUUCAGUAUUUUCCCCCAAAAUGGUGAAGAUCUCACUGCCCACGGCUCUGGGGCAGAAGCCGGAAAAAGCGGAAGGCGAAGCGGAUAAAACUGAAAUUCUUAUCCCUCAAGCUAAUGAUGUGCAGACUAUCCCUGCAACAACUCAGAAGCCUACCCUGCGUCGCAUUUUGUGCGUUACAAUUGCAUUGGUUAUUCUGCUUUCGACUGUGGUCUUGGGGAUAAUAUGCACCUACAAGUACUACCAUCUUACUCAGGCCCCACCUAUGUUUCACUGCCAGGUCUUGUAUGAUGAAGACUUGGCCUCUGGCCCAAACAGAGCCCGACUGGAAGAGGAUGUAGAAAUUCGCAUGGACGAUGAAGUAGAGCUGAUCAAUGUCCCUGUGCCUGAGUUUGAAGGUGGUGACGCUGCCAAUAUCAUCCAUGACUUCUACCAAAGCUUGACUGCUUAUCAUGACCUCUCCUUGGAUAGAUGUUAUAUCAUUGAACUCAACAGAACCAUUAUUUUGCCACCUCGCAAUCUCUGGGAGCUGCUGACCAAAAUGAAGCUGGGAACCUAUCUGCCUCAGACUUACUUAAUUCAGGAGGAGAUGGAAGUCACAGAACAAAUCGGCAAUGUGCACCAGCUGGGUUCCUUUAUCCGCCAUCUGUGCAGUGGAAAGAAAACUUACAAACUGAAACGCAGGAGUGUUCAGAGAACCAUUGAGAAGCGUGAUAUCAAGAACUGCCAUCGUAUACGACACCUUGUGAACAUAUUUGUCAUCGAAACAUCUAUUUGUGAAAAGGACUGAAGUUGUGAAGCCAACAGCCCAUGUUAACUGUGUUAUUCAAGGCACAGCUGCUUGAAGUUACUUGUGCACUCUAAGUCAAUGAUGUAUUAGUUCUCUGCACUCUUUUUCACAUCUUUGUGAUGGUUCAGUAAUGCUGUUACUUAAGUAGUUACAGAAACAUUUUAACAUUGCAUUAGUUGCUUUUUGCAGUUAACAGACUUUAUGCUGAAGAACAAGUCAGAACAUAAAGGAUUAUCUUUCUUCCCUCUCUCAUACUGCAUGGCUAGCACUAUCUAAAGUUUGAAUUGGGAGCAUGCAUUUCACUAUAUCAUUAAAAUGUUUCAAUUUAAAAUAAACAAAGGGGUGGAAACUUGUUCUUCAUGAAAUGCACAACUGAGUUGCGCUGAGAUACAAAUUUUGUACUUCUGAAAUUUGGUUCAGUUGACUUAUACCAUUCCAUUGACUCAGAAAAGAAUUUCAGAAGUAGAGAAUAAUGCACAGACAUUACUAUGUUGUGUGUUUAGCAUCAUUGAACUGAGGAACAAUUUCUGCCCCCAAGGUAACAAAAUAUUAACAUAUGAAAAGAGAGAAAUGUUGGCGCUGGAAGCGUGGCGACACUUAUGGGCUGCUCCCAGAACACUCUACACAAAAGGUGCAUUUCAAUGUGUGUUUUGAUGUACAUGUGACUAAUAAAGAUAUCUUAGCUCAGCCAAAAAUAA